AUGGACCGGUAUCUGAGGAAGUAUCCGGGUGCCAAGACCCUUGCAGACGAGCUUCGCAAGCUGGCAUCUACCGAUGGGGUGGAUAUGUCGGAAUACCUGGAUCCUGAGAGCCUGGAGCUAGCAGACCACAUGUAUGCAGGAAGACUGUACAGGUCCAGGGAUGUCAGGAAGACGCUAAGGAAGAUCAUGCAGAAGGAGAGUCCGGGAGCAGAGAAAGUUGUGUGGGAAAUGUUUUGCAAAAGAAAAAUUGUCUUCGACAGCUACCUGCUCAAGCUGUCCUUUGCAAGGAGGUUUGGAAGGUUCAAAAGGUUCUUUGUCGACGGUAAGAGUGCAGAGUACAGAAUGCAGAUGAUGGUGCACAAGCUCCUCUAUCUCAAGGAGGAUGUUGCUGAGGAGAUGGAGAAGACGAUUGUGGCGGUUUCUGCAGACAAGGCAUGGGUCUAUCUUGGACUUCUUGGAUCUGCCCUUGGGCGGGGCGCGGUUGCGGAGAUUAUGAGCCGCGUGGACAUCGGACUGAAGCCUUUUGUCGGUUCUUUUUUGGAGAGGGAAGACUAUUACGACAGGAUGUGGGAAGCUAUUCUGGAGUCUCCUCCCAAAGAAAGACCUGCGAUCAUUGCAUCGAUGGAUGGAGUCGACGAAACCCAGUUUUGCGGAUCGCUGCUCCGCGUGUGGUUUUCUCAGGACAUAGGAGAGAGAGGAUUUAGUGAGUUUAUGGAGAUGAUGAGGCUGGUGAAGACAGGGAAGAGAGUGAAAAUCGAGGCGAUCCAUGGAUACCUGAAUGGACUUAUUUACCAGAGGAGACUGGCAGAGUUUAUGAAGCUGUUUAGACAGGUAAGGAGAGCCGGUGUCCAUGGAGAUGGAUAUGAGUUGUUUGAAAAGCUCUACAAGGCCAUUUGCAGGUACAAGAGAGGCAGGGGGCUAAAUUUGACAGGAUUCCUGAAUAGAUGCAAGAAAAAGAAGAAGGGGAUGGUUUCUCCAUACAGCUGGGAAGAUAUAUGCAAUGUCUAUAAGGAGUGA